GGGAGGGUCGUCGCCGUCGCCUGGGGGGCGAGCGGAGCCCCGAUCCGCAAAAGCCGCCGGAGGAGCCCUUGCGCAAAGCGCCGGUUGCGCGCCAGCCCGUCGUCGAAGGGGAGGCGGGCGCGAUCCGGUCGCCUGCCUCCCUCCCUCCCUCCGCAGCCGGCGGGGGAGAGGAGGAGGAGGAGAAGGAGGAGGAUGGAAAUUCCUUUCUACCAUGACGACGUGUUGAUCGCCUUGGCGGCCUCGUCGGCGGCGGCCCUUUCUCCCUCGGCGGCGCGCCCCGGCGGCGGCGGCGGCGCCUUCCCCGACGGCUCCAGCAUGAUGAAGAAAGACGGGCUCUCCCUGGCGCUCGACCCGGGCGCGGCCGGGAAGACGCACGGCGGGGGCGGCCCCCACCCGCAGCAGCAGCCCCCCAGCGGCGCCCCCGACGGCGCGGCGCUGCUCAGCUCGCCGGAUCUGGGCCUGCUCAAGCUGGCGUCUCCCGAGCUGGAGCGCCUGAUCAUCCAGUCCAACGGCUUGGUGACCACCACGCCGACCAGCGGCGGCGCCCAGUUCCACUUCCCCAAAGGCGGCGGCGGCGGCGGCGGAGGAGGAGGAGGCGGCGCCCCCGACGAGCAGGAGUUCGCCGCCGGCUUCGUGAAGGCGCUGGAGGACCUGCACAACCAGAACCAGCUGGGCGGCGGCGGCGGCGGGGGUCCCGUCGGGGGCGAGCUGCCCUCGGCCGCCAGCCUGGCCCCGGCCUCGCAGCAGCACGGCCCGCAGGAGCCCCCCAUCUACGCCAACCUCAGCCCCUUCGCCGGCGCGGCCGGGGGCUACCCGGCGGACGGGAGCCCCUUCCAGGCGCACUCUCGCCUGCCCCCUCCGCCGCCCGCGCCGCUGAAGGACGAGCCGCAGACGGUGCCCGAGGUGGCCAGCUUCGGCGACAGCCCCCCCUUGUCGCCCAUCGACAUGGACACGCAGGAGCGCAUCAAGGCGGAGCGCAAGCGGCUGCGCAACCGCAUCGCCGCCUCCAAGUGCCGGCGGCGGAAGCUGGAGCGCAUCUCGCGCCUGGAGGAGAAGGUGAAGAGCCUCAAGAGCCAGAACACGGAGCUGGCCUCGACGGCCAACCUGCUCCGCGAGCAGGUGGCGCAGCUCAAGCAGAAGGUGCUCAGCCACGUCAACAGCGGCUGCCAGCUCCUGCCCCAGGCGGCCGCCCAGCAGCCGCACCAGGUGCCGGCCUACUGAGCGCCUCGACGGGGCGCACCGCCAGCCGGGACAGGCGCAGGAGGAGGG